AUGCCAAGACCAAAACGAUUUCCACUUUGUAAAGAAACAUCUAUAUUGUGUAAUAAGAACACAUACACAAUCAAAAAAGUUCUUGGUGUUGGUGGUUGUGGUGAUGUUUAUGCUGUAGUUGAUCAAAAAGGUGAUUAUUAUGCAAUGAAAACAGAAAUAUAUGAUAAAAAAUAUCAUAAACAACUUGAAAAAUUUUUAAAAAGUGGUGGUACAAAUAAUUUACUUCGCCCUACACCUAAUUUCACUGAAAGACUUCCACUUGAAUGUCGAAUUUUAAAACAAUUAUGUGAAAAAGAAGAGUACAAUGACCAUUUUACAAUAAUUGUUGGUGAUGGAAUUUAUAAAAAUUAUCGUUUUAUGUUAAUGGAAAUGGUUGGUCCUUCAUUAGAUGAUUUACGAAGAAAAUAUGGAAAAAAUAAUUGUUUAAGUGUAAGUACAGCCAUAAGAGUGGGAUGGCAAUGUUUAGAGGGCAUAAAAUAUUUACAUAAAAUUGGAUUUAUUCAUCGAGAUAUUAAACCACAUAAUUAUACUUGUGGAACAGAAAAGUAUAAAGAUACAAUAUAUUUACUUGAUUUUGGUAUUUCAAAAAGAUACUUUGGUGAACCCUUCAAAGAAGAACCAUUAGAAAAACCUAUGUUUAUUGGAACAAUUAGAUAUGCAUCCAGAAAUUCACAUAAAUUAUUUAAACAAUAUCCUUAUGAUGAUGUUGAAGCAUGGGCUUAUUCUAUAGCUGAAAUUAUGGAUCAUACAGUAGUCAAAUGGAGGAGAGAAAAAGGACCAUCAAAAAUAUAUAAUUUAAAGAAAGAAUUUUUUAUGCCAAGUAAACGAUCAAAUUCAUUUAAUGAUGUAAUUCCAAAAAAAUUUAAUGAAUGCCUUGAUCUUAUAGAAUUUCAUCGAGAAAAUGAAAUAAAAGAGUUUUCAUAUUUUAAAAUUCAUUUACUACUAAGAGAAAUAAUAGAUGAAUUAGAAAUUGAUAUAAAUGAACCAUUUGAAUGGGAAAAAUCUCGAAAAUAA